CAGUUUGUAAACAUCAACACUUCGCAUUGCUUCGUAGUUUUUCUCCAAAGAAAUGCAGAUAAAUCGAUAAAAACAGCAACAUUUGUAGAGUGCAUUCCAUUUUAAAGCUUUCAAUACUGCACAAAGCAUCACGAUGGGCUUCGUACAGCGGGCACUUUUCACCUGGUUCAUCAUUCUGGUGUUCCUGAUUCUGCUGUGUCUCCGGCUAGAAAGUCGCAUUAACUGGAACUGGUUCAUCGUUUUCAUACCCCUCUGGCUAUACGACACCAUCCUGAUAACGUGGGUCGUAAUCGAAAUCAUCCAACGGCAGCACGCCAAUCGACUGAUCUCCUUCCGGCACUACGAGUACUACGUGGCCGGAAUACUGCUGAAAAUCCUGUCGCAGAUUGCCAUCUGCCUCAAGCUGGAAUACAACUCCAUUCCGUUGUAUGCGAUGAUGAUUCCGGUUUGGUUGCUGCUGGCCAUGCUCAUCGUCUACAUGGCUACCAAUUUGCAACCGAAGCCUCGCUCGAUGGGAUCGAACAAGAGCAGCCGACAGACGGCGACCGCUUCGUCCUAGGGGUACGUCCGGGUGAAGCUUUGAGUUUCGCCCUCACCCUAGAGUGCCCGCGCGGUUUGCCACUGGCGGCACCUGGGGAAUUUCCGAGCUGUUGUGUGCUAGUGCAAGUAAGGAUUUAGCUUAUGUAUCUAUUUUAAUGUAACGUAAACGUGACAGUAUAAUCUAUCUAGUUUGACAAAUUGCUGUUGUGUAUUAACAAGAACAGCUCGAUUUGACGCCCGCGCUUAAUACGUAAGGGACGCAAUAAAUUCUCAGUACAGUAUGUUAGAUAUGUAGAAUAUCAACUCAAUCAAUUUACAAGUUAAACUCUAUUGGAAAGAAAGCCAAACUUAGUUUUUUUUUAUAUUGUUAAGGAGAGCAUCCCGAGCAGGAGAAAAUAGCUUAUAAAUAUCAAAUUUAGGUGUAAUAACAGCAUAACUGGCAACCUAAAUAUGGCAUUGACGAGCCUCUGACAUAAGAGGUAAAAUAUGAAAAAUAAUCCUCACUAAUUUUCUACGAAGAGCGAA